AUGGCAGCUCUGGGGGUUGGCUCCGGCCAGCUCCUGCGACGACAUGCCCUGGCCAAUAUUCGCCGACGAUGCUCCAGCUGCGCAGACCAGCAUGUGACAAAGCCCCUGCUGAGCUUCCGAUACCCUCUUCAAACACCAAUUGCUGCUCGGAACUUCUCGUCGCGAUAUGCCAGACGCCCCAGGUUCUCUCAGCGCCUGGGCGAGGCCCUGCGGAACAGCAAGAUAACUUGGUACCACAUCCCUGUUGGCGUGGGCAUCGGUUUUCUCGGCCUGGUGCAAUUCUACAAAGUCACUGCGAGAGAGCAGGAGAAGCGACGACAGGAAGACGGUGGUGUCUCUGGCGGCCAGCCAAAACGGCGUGAGAGGAUUCGACCCGAUGGGCCAUGCCUUGACGAAGUAUCCGAACCCGACCUACACGCCUACCCAAACCUGGCUGCAUUCUUCUACCGCACACUCAAGCCAGGCGCGAGACCUCUCGACCCCGACAGCCACGCCUUGCUCUCCCCGUCCGACGGUAAAAUCCUGCAGUAUGGAAGAAUUGAGGGCGGAGAUAUUGAGCAGGUCAAGGGAAUGACGUAUAGCGUCGAUGCGUUGCUGGGCAAAAACACACCCACGGCCAGCAUCGCCUCUGGCCAAAGCUCCGCAUCUGCCCGAAGGGGUGGCAGCGUAGCCCAUGGAGAUGAGGAAAUUGUCAAGCAGGAGGAAGAAUUUGCCAAGAUGAAUGGCAUUUCCUACACCCUCCCUGAUCUGCUGUCCGGCCAGGCCGAUGCUCAAAAACCUCGCCCGGCAACAGAUGAGUCGACCGAAGUCUCUGCCCGGGCUGUAUCCGAGGUUCGGGCCGAGCUAGCCCUUGGGGAAAAGCCCUGGUACGAUAUCGUCUCUGCGGACAAGAGCACAUCACUCUACUACGCCGUAAUUUAUCUGGCUCCCGGCGACUACCACAGAUUCCACUCGCCGACAAACUGGGUCGUCGAGCGACGACGUCACUUUGCCGGAGAGCUGUACAGCGUUUCGCCAUACCUGCAGCGAACUCUUCCCGGUUUGUUUACCCUGAACGAGCGCGUGGUGCUGCUGGGCCGCUGGCGCUACGGCUUCUUCAGCUAUGUGCCUGUCGGGGCGACAAAUGUUGGCUCCAUCAAGAUCAACUUUGACCGCGAGCUGCGAACAAACAGCCUGUUGACGGACACGGCUGCCGAUCAUGCCGCAGAGGAGGCGGCGAAACGCGGCGAGCCGUACAUGGGCUUUUCCGAGGCCACGUACGAGGAGGCCAGCUCGGUUCUUCAUGGCCACGCCCUCCGUCGAGGCGAGGAGAUGGGUGGAUUCCAGCUGGGCAGCACCAUCGUUUUGGUGUUCGAGGCGCCUUCCGAAAAGGAAGAGGGGGGUAAGCCCAUCAGCGGAUGGCACUGGGCAGUGGAGAAAGGGCAGACGAUCAAGAUGGGACAAGCCCUUGGACGAAUCGUGGAGGACUAA